UUCUGGAAUUUUUUUUCUUUAAUUAUCGUUUCUUUUCCGCCUUCUGGACUCUUCAUCUUGAUCUACAGUAUUUUAUUCGGCCCCUCAAACGUGUCUUUACCUUCCCUCUGUGGUGCGCCGAUUUAGGCUUAUAGGCCAAUGGCGCGUGCCUGCAAUGGCUACCACUUUUAAAGACUGAAAACUUGCCACAACAGGCCAUUCACAUCAGAUGGAGGGCUACAUCACACUUCAAGAAGCAGUUCCAGUGCGGCUCAAAGGUUCCAAGGCACACUUCUUUUUUAGUAUAAGAUGCACUUCCUUGCAUCAUUUCACGAUAAUGUAGGUGAUACAUUUGCUUUUAAUAUCAUCAUAAAAUGGAUGCCAAGAAGUUCAUUCAAUUGGUCGAAGAGAAGAAGAAGAGGGUUUUGGAGAAGAAGGAAGCUCCUUUGAAAUGGGAACAGAAAUUAGAAACUGCAGCCAAAGCAAAAGCUGAUGCUGAAGCAAAGGUGAGAAAGACCAAAAGGUGGAGGAAGGUCUCAGACACCGAAAGCAGUGAUGUUGCCCGGAAACAAUCCAAGAGCAGAUCGAAGAGACACCGGAAGCACGACCACUCUGACUCUUCUGAUGACAGUGGGAAGGUGGAGAAGAAACACAGAUACCGGUCGAGGAAUGGUGAUGAUUAUGACACAGAUUCGGAGCGAGGGAGGAAGAAACAUUCAAACAAAAAGAGGUUUCGCCAUUACCCUUCAACGACAUCGGAUUCUAGUAGCAUUUCUGAAUCAGGCAGCGAGUUUGAAGAAGUUAGAGCUCGACAGAGAGGACGCACUAGGCAUCACAAUAAACAUCAUGGCCACCGGGUGUCUAGCAGCGAUGACUUGAGUCCUGAUUCUGAUGAUUUUCCUAAGAAUAAGAGCCGAAGCGGAUUGCUGGGUAAGUUGUCUGAUGAUUUCAGAGAUGAAGACUAUCACAAGCCUAGAAACUCGAAAAAAGCUGCUCCUCGUCGUCGUCAUCAUCAUCAUCAUCGAAAUCAUCAUGAUUAUGACUAUCAGGAUGGGGAUAGUGAAGAUCUUGCCGGUAUGAAAGGGAAGGAUUGUGGUCGUGAGUCUGAUGGCUGAAUGGUUUAUCUGGUUGUUCAAUAUUUAGAUGUCUUAUCUUAACAAUUUGGAGAUGAUAAACACAUGGAUCUGUGAUCUUCUGAUAUCUGAUUAGUCAUGCUUUAGCAUACAAGUUGAAUUACAUAGUCGAUCUCUUUUUUAUUAUUAUUUGGUA